UGGAAUACCGAGGCUACCGUUUGAGAUGUCGUAGAAAUGCAGUUGAUUGUAUGCAUGGGAAGCGUGGGAAAUGAAUAUAGGGGGUGUGUCGUGUAGUUAUGUCUUCUCACGUGAUCCACGACCUCAACCCAUAUUUCGUGAUUUGAGCAACUUGCUGUUUCACAACUAUUCUGAAAACACAACAUUUCACAACCUUGAGGCUCCUCCUAAGGGCGGAACAGAACCAUACACGGAUAUUGAGUUGCAGGAACAUUAUGGAAACAGUUUUAUGAAGCAGUUUUCUAAUUCGACUUCAAUAGACUUGCUGAAGAAUAUCGCAUUCAAUCUUUAUGAUUUUCUUAACUCACUCGAGUCUGUUCACUUUCAUUUGUUUGUUGAUGAGCUGCCUAUGCCGUGGAUUCCACAGGGCAUGAGAUGUGAGAAACGCGAAUCAGAUAAUUCUCUCUUGUUUCACUUCUGCUCGUUACCCAACAGCCAUUUUACAGACCCAAGAAACAUGGUGGCCGGAAUUAUCAAGCAAUUGGCUUCGUUUGUGUUUAAGAUGACGGUGUCAAUUGAUAUGAUUUCUGAAGUUUGGGAAGGGAAAUUUGAUUCCCCCAGACAUUGUGUGUUUUCUAUUAGGAAAAUAACAGAGAAAGGUCAAUCUUCAGUUAGUGGCUUGCUUCCUAGUAAAAAUGGUCAUAAAUAUUACUUUCCAAAGAAAAUGCUGAUUUCUCCAAAAACUCUGUUGAAAGCUUGUCCAUUUCACAUCAUAUUUGAUCAUCAUCUCGAUCUUGUUGAAAUUGGAUCAUCACUGCAGCGAGUUCUCAAGUUCCCAGUGAAUGAAGAUGGAAGUGUGACUACAGAACUUCACUUCACUCGUGUCUUCAACUUGUUACGUCCAAGAUUAGAUAACGUGAAUUUUGAAAGUUUUGUUGAACACCAAAAUUCUGUUGUUGAGUUGCAAAUCAAGGACUCUGCUUUAGCUGCCCUAACUGAAGAUGAAAUAGAACGUAAACGCAGGUCCAAGUUCAAGAAGAAUGCUAAAGAUGACAAGAAACCGAGUACUUUCAAACGUAUAUUUAACAUUCGUGGUCAGAUGAUUCAUGUUCUUGAGUCUGAGUCGCUGUUGUUCAUGGGCAUGCCACCUGUUCGUACACUCAAUCAAGUAGAAGAAUAUGGGCUAUACGUUAGUGACAUUCCUGUUCAUGAUGCAACAAGGGAUCUCAUUCUACAAAGUGGUGCACUUGCUGGAAACAUCACUCUUGAGAGGCGGCUGAUCCGUGCAAUGGAAGAUAUUGAAAAGACUGAAGUAUUACUUCGAGAAAAGAAAAAAUGUUCAGAUAAGCUACUUUGCUCGAUGCUUCCUGGUCCUGUAGUUGACACUCUUUUAGAAAACAAAAUGAUUAGGCCAAAACUGUUUAAGAGUGUAACAAUCAUGUUCAGUGAUUUGACAAACUUUGCCGAACUGACAGCUGACUGGGAAACAUGUCAAAUAAUUGAUCUGCUGAAUGAAAUGUACACAAGCUUUGACGAGCUUUUAUCAUCUCAUAACGUUUACAAGGUUGAGACAGUGAAUGAUUCUUAUAUGGUUGUUGGAGGUUGUCCAGAGCCACAUGAACAUCAUGCUCGAGAGGUUGCGAGGAUGGCAAUUGACAUGAUGAACACAAUGUAUGAUGUUCAGCAUCCAGUCACACACCAAUCAUUAGCCACCCAGCUUCGAAUUGGCAUUCAUUCUGGUUCUAUUCAAGCUGGUGUGGUAGGCUUUGAACGUCCUCGUUACUGCCUGUUUGGUGAUACUGUCAAUGUAACCAGUCGAGCUCUGACUAAUGGCAUUUCCGGCAAGAUAACAAUUACACAAUACACAUAUGAGAAACUGAAGGUUUAUGACGAGUUUUAUUUUCAAGAUCCUCACGAAGUUGUAAUGAAGGGUGUGGAUGCACAGGUGAUGUGCUACAUACUUGUAAUGAGCAAACGAAGAGGCUCAGUUGAUUCUACAGCAAGUAGGAAAUCUCGCAAGGCAAGUGCCACACCUGAAUGGUUUAAGUAUCCGGUGGAAAACUAUGGUGACAUUCUCAAGAGGAAAUAUUUGGGAGGGAAGGCAAGAAGUGUGUCUGAAGGAUCAGUUGGAAGAGCAAGUUCCAAUUUACUUCACAAGCCUGCAAAUCCUCUUGCAGCCAUUAAAAGUCCACAGAAGAAAAGUCAUGAAAGAUCUAGUAAUUCUUCAUACAAACACAGCCCUUUAGCAUCCAGAUCAAGCACGAGUGCUGCAGGGAAGAAGAGUGGAGCAUUAAAUCACCGGAAGAGUACUGAGUCGAGCGUGUCUCGAUCAAAUAGCGUUUGUGCUAUGCCAGCUGGAUUCAUUGUGACUCAACCAACGAGCAGAGAGACUGAUCACAAACGCCUCAAGAAACAUUCAUCGUCGUCGAUGAUAACGAGCAUGAUAGCUGAAGAAUGUGAAGAAAGAAUCGUCAACAAUGAAGCAACUGCAGCUGUGGCUGCUGACUGUUUUACAGGUGAUACGGAUGGCACUAAUGUUGAUGACUAUGUGCCACAUGACGAUGAGUUACUGGACGGCAACUCGGUGCCAUUGCUUUCAAUAAUCCAAGAGACAGAUGUGUGAUGUGUUUUUGUUUUGUAACUUUAUAAUGUGUAUAUCAGAGUUAUGGUCGUAGCAUAAAUUACCAUUGUUAUUGAUAUUAAUUAAAUGGUUAUUGGUGAUUAGAAUAACUAAUGUGACA